UAAAACCCUAAUGGCUUUCUUCUCGUCGAUGCUUCGCAACCCAUCCCGCUCCUUAUUCUCCCUCGCCCUCCGCACCGUCGGAUCUGCAAGAACCUUCCACAGCCGCACCUCCACCGUCCCCAACUUCGGCACUGAGAAUGUCACCCGACAAUGCUCUGUUCCAUUUCUGCGUCUCUCCACCGCCACCGCCGUGAAACCCGCCGCCGACGACACUCUGGUCGGAGUUCUCGAGUCUGAGAUCAGGGUCGCUGAAGAAGACAUACAAGAUCAUCAGGUAGGUGAGGUUGCAGAUGAGUUUCCUUUUGAAAUAGUAGACAAUGCUGGAGAGCAAACCAUAAUGCUCCGAAGAGAAUUUGAUGGAGAAAUCAUUAAAGUGGCGGUUGACGUUCCUAAUGUUUCUCCCACCGAGGACAAUGAUGAUGAGGAGGAGGAGGAGGAGGAGGAUGAGGACACUGGGAUUCCGAUGGUUGUGAGUGUUUCGAAAGGAAAUGGGAAGGAGCUGGAGUUUGGGCUCACUGCCUUUACUGAUGAGAUUUGCAUUGAUAGCUUGUUGAUCAGGCAGCCAGAGGAUUCAGAAGGUUCGAAGCGGAUUGCAUAUGAAGGGCCUAAUUUUAGUGACUUGGAUAAGAGCUUUCAGAAGGCCUUCCAGAAAUAUCUGGAGAUUCGAGGGAUUAAGUCGAGCAUAACCAAGUUCCUGCAGGAGUAUAUGAAGAACAAAGACUACAGAGAGUACUUGCUGUGGUUAAAGAACCUAAAGGGUUUUAUUGAAGAGUGAUUGUUGCUUUCACGUGUCGGAUAGAGAGAUAGUAGGAUUGCAAAGCAGUUCGGAAGGACCAAGAUAGGAAUAGUAGAUUGAAACCAGUGAACCAGUGUUGAGAUAUUUUAUUUUAUAUCAUGUGAGUCCCUUGGGAAGCCUUAACUACUUUUAAAGCAGGGCACUUAUUGUUUACUUCAAAAUGGUUUCAAUGGAUGGUGCUUUUAAGAAUUUCAAAUAAUAAGUAGUUUUCCCUUAUGAGUUUGAUAAGAAAGUUUCCUGGCUUCAUCGAGAGGAGCAACUACAGAUCAAUUUUAAGGUCUGGUGUGAGUUUGG